AUGACCAUCAAGGUGAUGACAGUCGAAAAGAAACUAGCCUAUGACAAGAAGCUAUGCAGCCUCUUGGAUGAGUACAGACAGUUGAUCAAGAAAGGAGACAAAGUGGGUUCUUCUGAGGUUGCUCUCCUAGCCAAACUUGGGAUAAGAUACUUCUCGUACGGGCUUGUGGUUCUCUCUGUCUAUGAUAAUGGAUCUGUCUUCAGCCCAAAUGUCCUUAACUCCAUUGAGAACGACCUCAUUGGCAAGUUUACAACUGGUGUUUCUGUGGUUGCUUCGUUGUCACUGGCUCUUUCUUAUCCAACUCUUGCAGUUGUGCCUUAG